UACUACUACUAAUAGUACUACUACUACUAGUUCUACUAUUAAUGGUACUACCACUACUUGUACGACAAAAACUAGUAUUACCAGUACCAAUAAUAAAACUACUAGUAGUACUACUACCAGUAAAAAUACUAAUAGUCAUUCUACUACUACUAAUUAUACUACAAGUAAUACCAAUGCCAGUACUACUGCUACUAGUAAAACCACUACUAGUAUUAUUAAUAUUAGUAGUAAUAUUACUAGUAAUACUAAUACUAGUACUCCUACUAUUAUUACUACCACUAAUUGCACCAAAACUACUAGUAUUACUACUACAUGUGGUACUACUACUAGAACUACUACUAAUAGUAAUACUACUCCUAGUACUACUAUUAUUAGUACUAAUACUACUAGUAAUAAUACUACUAAAACUACUACUACUAGUAAUACUAAUACUGGUACUACUACUAGUUGUAGGAAAACUACUAGUACUGCUACUACUAGUACUACCACUAUUAGUAUUAUUAAUGGUAGUACUACUACUACUAGUAAUACUACUACUAGUACUACUAUAACUAGUAAUAUUACUACCAGUAAUACUACUAGUAAUACCACUGCUAUUACUAAUAGUACUACUAAUACUAGUACUACUACCACUAAUACUACUACUAUUAAUAGUACUAAUACAACAGGUACUACUAAUAUUAUUACUACCACCCUUUGUACGACAACUACUAAUACUACCAAUACCAGUAAAAGUACUACUACUAAUACUAAUAAUGGUACUACUACUUAUAGUCAUACUACCACUAUUACUACUACUAAUAGUAAUAACACUGCUAGUACUAAUACUACUAGUAUUACUACUAAUACUACUACUAACACUUGUACGACAACUACUACUAUUACAACUACCAGUAAUAAUAAUGCUAGUAAUACUACUACAAGUACUACGACGACUAGUACUACUACUAAUAGUACUUCAACUAGUAGUAAUAAUACUCCUCCUUCUACUACUACUUGUACUACUACUACUACUAGUACAACUACUACCAGUAAUGUUCUACUACUACUAGUAAUAUACUACUA